CGGGGGACGAGGGGAGUAACUUGGAAUUGAAAAGACAGAAAACACACAUUCAGUUGGUUCUGCAAUGGAAAAAACCCCAACUUGUUCUCCAUCAUCUUCAAGGCUAUGGAGACCAGCUGCUCAGAGAAACCUAAGAAAUCAAUGGGCUAACUUGUCUUCUUAUAAACACAAAUGGGCCUCUCUUUCUUCUUCUGCUCGUUCCCAUGCCACUUCUCUUGUUAAUUCCUCCCUUUCCUUAAGGUAUAUGGAUGCCAGGGAUUUGGGUGUGUUGACUGAUUUACCUGGUAUUAAGAACAAAGCUUCUCUUAAAUUGUUUAAGCAACAGGAGCUUCAUAGGAGUAAGCUUUUAGCUUCUUACAAGAAUAUGGUAGCUAUAGUGAAUCAAAUGGUGAGUGCUGGUGCUUCGAUGAGAUGUUUCCUUAAAGGGGUUGACAAUAGCUCAAUUCUACAAUAUUCAAAUUCUGCUUUGAACAGUACCGAUGUUGGUGAUGGAGGGGGAAUCCCGGCCUUUACAUUUCGGUCAAUUUCUUCUUUCGAGGAAUUAGCAAAGGAGCUUAUACAUAUGUUUAUUUUGGAACUCAAUUUAAAGCGGCUGCUAGUUAUAGAGUUUUUUUCCAUCAGUAAUGAGGAUGCCCGAAAAGAUAAUGAACUGAGUUGGCAGGACGAACUAUAUUCUGGUGAGUUUGAUGACUUGAGUAAGUGCAAUUUGUACUCAACAGAAGCUUGUGCACCGCUUCUUCCAACUAUAAAGGGUAGAAAACCAGGUAAGCUAAAGUUGCAAGCAGAACACCAGCCAGAUGAAGAUGUUUUACAGGUGUACUUGACAACUUGGCUUGCAGAUGUCAAUAUAGAUAAAUGCAGGGUGGAUGAAAUAUUGACUUCUGUUGCGGAGGAAAUGAAUGUCACCCUUGUGUGAAACUGGUGUUUGUAGCAGGUGAGAAGUAGAGCAACCAGAAGCAACAUACAUCGAAUUAUAAUCCUUUUUUUGGGAGGCCUCCAUUCUGGAUUUUGAGAGGCUCGGUUGGGGGUUGAUAUAUUUAACAGGAUGAAAACUUAGGCUCAACAAGACCCGUUAUAUUUUUGUACACGUAAGAAUGUUGAAUCAAGAUGUGUGGGUACAAAGACUUCAAGAACUAUUUCAAGAUGGGACUUAUUUGACAAAGUCGCUCAAUAGAUGCUCGAGAGUUGAAGAAUCGAACACAUAUGACAAGAGGAUUUCAGUAUAUAUCAUAGUUAUUGAUGUAUAUAUGGAAGAACAACUUAUUUACUUGGAUUAAAUAUUUAGGAAAAGCCAAGUUUGCUUGGAUACUGAAUCAUGACACCUCCAAUAAAAUUAAGACCACUUACUAAUAGUUAA